AUGAACAGCAAGUUGCAGUCAGCACAAGCCAGCUACCCAUCUGUGGUCCAGCCCAGUGGCCUGCAGUCAGCACAAGCCAGCUACCCAUCUGUGGUCCAGCCCAGUGGCCUGCAGUCAGCACAAGCCAGCUACCCAUCUGUGGUCCAGCCCAGUGGCCUGCAGUCAGCACAAGCCAGCUACCCAUCUGUGGUCCAGCCCAGUGGCCUGCAGUCCGCACAAGCCAGCUACCCAUCUGUGGUCCAGCCCAGUGGUCUGCAGUCCGCACAAGCCAGCUACCCAUCUGUGGUCCAGCCCAGUGGCCUACAAUCAGCACAAGCCUCUUACCAGUCUGUGUCCAGGCUCAGCGGCAAACAAGGACAAGCCAGCUACCAGUCUGUGUCCCAGCCCAGCAGGCUGCAGUCAGCACAAGCCAGCUACCCAUCUGUGGUCCAGCCCAGUGGCCUGCAGUCAGCACAGGCCUCUUACCAGUCUGUGCCCAGGCCCAGUGGCCCACAACCAGGACAGGCCCUCUACCAGUCUGUGUCCCAGCCCAGCAGGCUGCAGUCAGCACAAGCCAGCUACCCAUCUGUGGUCCAGCCCAGUGGCCUACAAUCAGCACAAGCCAGCUACCCAUCUCUGGUCCAGCCCAGUGGCCUACAAUCAGCACAAGCCAGCUACCCAUCUGUGUCCAGGAUCAGUGGCAAACAAGGACAAGCCAGCUACCCAUCUGUGGUCCAGCCCAGUGGCCUGCAGUCAGCACAAGCCUCUUACCAGUCUGUGUCCAGGCCAAGUGGCCCACAACCAGGACAGGCCCUCUACCAGUCUGUGUCCCAGCAAAGGUUCAAACAACCAGCCCAAGCCAGCUUGCAGUCUGUGUCCAGGCCAAGUGGCCCACAACUAGGACCGGCCCUCUACCAGUCUGUGUCCCAGCCCAGCGGGUUGCAGUCAGCACAAGCCAGCUACCCAUCUGUGGUCCAGCCCAGUGGCCUGCAAUCAGCACAAGCCUCUUACCAGUCUGUGUCCAGGCUCAGUGGCCUACAACCAGGACAGGCCCUUUACCAGUCUGUGGUCCAGCCCAGUGGCCUGCAGUCAGCACAAGCCUCUUACCAGUCUGUGUCCAGGCUCAGCGGCAAACGAGGACAAGCCAGCUACCAGUCUGUGUCCCAGCCCAGUGGCCUGCAGUCAGCACAAGCCAGUUACCCAUCUGUGGUUCAGCCCAGUGGCCUGCAGUCAGCACAAGCCAGCUACCCAUCUGUGGUCCAGCCCAGUGGCCUGCAGUCAGCACAAGCCAGCUACCCAUCUGUGGUCCAGCCCAGUGGCCUGCAAUCAGCACAAGCCUCUUACCAGUCUGUGUCCAGGCUCAGCGGCAAACGAGGACAAGCCAGCUACCCAUCUGUGGUCCAGCCCAGUGGCUUGCCGUCAGCACAAUCUCGUUACAGGUCUGUUCACCAACAACCAGGACAGACCAGCUACCAGUCUUUGUCCCAAUCCAGUAGCCAGCAGCCAGCACAAAUCCGCUACCAAUCUGUUUCCCAGCAGCCUGGGUUCCAGGUCUUUUCUGUGCCAGAGCAGUCAAGUUAUGGGUCUCAUUCCAGUCUUGGUUCCCAACCUCCUAGAGCAACCCAGUGAUGUACCUCUUUCUUCAAGCUAUGCGUCUGUGAUGCAGUCUUUCAAGCCUGGCUUUCAAGAUCCAGCACCUCCACACUCUCAGACUACUCAAAACAAGCGUUUAUCUCUAGGCGUAUUGAGGUUGUUGCAACAAGUGAAGUCGUAGCUGCAUACUUUGCUGCUUUUUCUUAAUUUGGUGUUCGCUUUUGUUUUUGUUUUUUUUGUUUUUUCAAAUAAAUAAAACUUAUAAAAUGGG